AUGGAAGCACAACGUGGCAGAGGCGGAAGAGGAGGUUAUGGGGACUUUGGUGGACGAGGCGGCGGGCGAGGCGGCGGUGGCGGUGAUGUGCAGGGGUAUCGUGGCCGGGGCGGUGGCGGCGAUGUGCAGGGGUAUCGUGGCCGGGGCGGUGGCGGUGAUGCGCAGGGGUAUCGUGGCCGGGGCGGUGGCGGCGAUGUGCAGGGGUAUCGUGGCCGGGGCGGUGGCGGUGAUGCGCAGGGGUAUCGUGGCCGGGGCGGAAGAGGGGGCUACGGAGAUUUUGGUGGACGUGGCGGCGGGCGAGGCGGCGGUGGCGGCGACCGCUUCCAAAAUCAGGACCGAGAAAAAUCCGCCAUCGUUGACUUCGCCAGGGAUAAGAAGUACAACUGCCCCCUGGAGGCCACCUGCAACAUGAUUCCAAUCAAGUUUGACCCCAAGAAGGAUGUGUUUGCGUACAUUUUGUCCUACGAAAUGAAGGAUGGGGCCCCGGAUUUGCAGGAGGGCCUGAAGGAACGGGCCUCCGAGGAACUUCUGCGGAGGAUGCGAAAGGAGGCGCCUGCAGACAAAAGCUUUGACAUUGAUCUGUGUGUUUGCACGGGGCAAUGCAUUCUGUCUCCGCAACGACUCCCCAUCGAGGAGUUCAAGCACGAAUUCAGCGUAAAGUCAAGAAAAGGCAACCGCACCCAAUCGUAUGUUGUGACGAUCGCUAGACCGGACGUCAUCACUAUGGACGGCGAAAAGUACAGAAACGAGGUGAACUCUGUUGUCGGAAAGGCGGUACAGGUCUGCUUCGGCGAAAAGAUGGGCGGAAAGUACGUGGACAUCCGGGCAGGCACGGCGGCCCCUGGAGGACGCAUUGCCACCUUUGACUGUGUGGUGCCAAAGGUGGUGACCACCACGGUGAAGGGGGCGCAGGUGGCGGCGCUGCAGCUGGACGCGUUGGUGUCCGUUGCGUCGGCGCAAAAUUGCCUUGAACUUCUCGAAGACGUGAAACGGCGUGAGCGACGAGGCGUCAACAGGGCUAUUGCCGAGCGUUUCGCAAGGAAAAAGGUGUGUACCAUAUUUCACGGCCACCGUGGCGCGGUCUACACCGUGCUUGAAAUCUCGGACAAAAAGGCGAAGGAGCCUGCCGAACUGAGGAAGGAUCCCGAUCAGACCUUCGUGCAGUACUUUGCCCAAAAGUACGGCUUGCAGCUGAUGCCCGAGCAGACACUCUUCAAGUGCCGUACGAGCUCGGGCAAGAAGGUACUGGUGCCGCCGGAGGUUUUGUACGAGAUGUCGCUUAGUGAACAGGACCGACGGCAGCUGCCGCUGCUCUGUUCGCUCUACCCAAAUGAGCGCAUGCAACGGGUCAAGAAAGCGAUAGGGCGCCUCAAACAAGAGAGCGACGGUAAGGCAAUAAAAAUGCUAAAUUCCUAUGGAAUUUCGCUUGGAGAAAACUUCUUCACCGUCAAUGGAAAUGUGCUGCCGCCCAUUGAGGUGCUUGUUCCACAAGCAAACGGGUACAAAACAGUCCAGACUCUUGGAGGAAACACCCAGCAAGGUUUCGUCCGCGAGCUCGGAGGAUUGCGGCAUCCGGGCGACCGGAAAUCCAUGGAGGUUGUGCUAUACGAUGAAUCCCAACAGGGGGUUCAGGUAUUGGAAGCGAUUAAAAACCAGCUGGCGAAGAUGAACUCCGGCGUGAGGCCGGAACAUGUUCAGCAUGUGGCUAGUUUGAACGACGCCAAAAAACUCGCGUCCAAGAACGCGUUCGCGUUUGCUUUUCUGCGCCGCCCUGACAAGGAUGUGUACAGAAGCCUGAAAGCAACGUGGACGAAUAAAGACCUAUUGAGCCAGGUCGUCGUGAAGGACCUCUCUGGGCCGCGGGAAAUACCGAUUGUCAUGGCGGUGGCGCAGCAGGUGAGUGCAAAAGGCGGGCAGCUGAAUUGGGUGCUGGACAUCAAUAAAUUGUGCCCGUCAGUUUCGUCCAAAAUAGGAUCCGCAGGAGUACUGAUCAUUGGUGCCGAUAUUGGAAGGGACUUGCGAGAGCUGCGCACCGAGGAAGCAACACUCGAACAGGACGUUUACACGGUGGCCUUUGUGGCCUUUCACGUCUGUGGGACGCGGUGGGAGACGUACUGCAACCACUACCACGUGGAUGGCCGCAAGCGAAGUUUGUUCGCCCAGAGCCCGCAGACGGAGGGCUCGACGGUGUCGGAAAAGGCUUCCAUGCCUUCCGAGGUGCUCUCGGGAAAGCUGAGGGAUUUCUUGGACGAGGCGCGGCGCCAUUUUCUGGACAGGGGUCUGCAGACAUCCGCGGUGCUGCUGCUCCGUGGCUGCGCCUCCGAGGGCGAGCUGUUGUCGGCGAAGGAGCACGACGUGGACCUGCUUAGUGGGUCCUUAAAAGGCAACGUCCUCUGGGGAGUCGUGGCGUCGCAGCGCUACCAACACACGCGCUUUGCGGCCGUCACACCCAAGGAGCCUGAUACGCUCUGCAAUGUCCCACGCGGCUUUGUGACGCGGGAAGGGACGGACUCGAAGUUUGGCGAGUCAUUUUUUCUUAACGGGGCGAACUGCACGCUUGGCCACGCGCGCGCCACGUUUUACGCCGUGUUGGGGCGGAAGCCGAACUUUCCGCUGGCGGAGAUUCAGGCGCUCCUGUAUGGAAUGUGCUUUCUGUACCCGAACAAGACGGACAGCCUCCCGUUGCCGCUGCCGCUGAAGUGCGCGUCGGAGUACGCGCGGAAGUUUGUGUACCUGCGCGGCGUCGAUAAGCUUCCAAGGGAGCUGCGCACCAAGCUGCACUACCUGUAG